UUCGGUCUAGGAGGAUGCAAUGAGGUCGGUCGCUCUUGCCAUAUCAUCGAGUAUAAGAAUAAGGUGAUCAUGUUGGACUCGGGUGUUCAUCCUGGGCUUAGCGGUAUGAAUUCUUUACCUUUUUUCGAUGAGUAUGACUUAUCAAAGGUCGACAUAUUAUUGAUUAGUCACUUUCAUUUGGAUCACGCUGCUUCUUUACCAUAUGUCAUGCAACAAACGAGUUUCAAAGGGCGUGUCUUCAUGACACAUGCCACGAAGGCAAUUUACAGAUGGUUGUUGUCCGAUUUCGUGCGAGUGACAUCUAUGGCUGGAGGAGGUGAUGAGGCCCGUCAAAUGGACAGCUCACAGCAUAAUGGAGGAGGAUCCGCAAACUUGUACACAAACGAAGACUUGAUGAGCUCUUUCGAAAAGAUCGAGACCAUUGAUUAUCAUUCAACCAUCGAAGUCGAGGGAAUAAGGUUUACCGCGUACCAUGCUGGUCAUGUCUUGGGUGCAUGCAUGUACUUUCUCGAAAUAGGAGGUGUCAAAAUUUUGUUCACCGGAGACUAUUCUAGAGAAGAGGAUCGCCACUUGAAAGUAGCAGAGGUACCUCCUCAAAGACCAGAUAUCCUUAUCACAGAAUCCACUUUUGGAACAGCCACACACGAGCCAAGACUAGAAAAGGAGACCAGAAUGAUGAAAAAUAUUCACUCUACUAUUUUAAAGGGCGGCCGUGUGUUGAUGCCUGUCUUCGCCUUGGGAAGAGCCCAAGAGCUUUUGUUGAUCCUAGAAGAAUACUGGUCAAUGAAUGAGGACAUUCAAUCUGUAAAUAUAUAUUAUGCAUCUGAUCUUGCAAGAAAAUGUAUGGCUGUCUAUCAAACAUACACCAGCAUUAUGAACGAAAAGAUCAGACUCAGUGCUUCUGCAUCAGCAAAGUCAAAUCCUUUCCAGUUCAAAUUCAUCAAGUCCAUCAGGAGUAUCGACAAGGUUUAUGACAUGGGUCCCUGUGUCGUUGUUGCAUCGCCAGGUAUGUUACAGAGCGGAGUAUCUCGACAGCUUCUUGAAAGAUGGGCACCAGAUCCCAAGAAUGCAGUUAUCAUGACCGGUUACGCUGUGGAAGGAACUAUGGCAAAGGAAAUUUUAACCGAGCCGCAUGCGAUUCCAUCUAUUUCAAAUCCUGAUAUCUCGAUUCCUCGCCGGCUUUCCGUCGAUGAAAUUUCAUUUGCUGCUCAUGUCGAUUUCCAACAAAAUGCAGGUUUUAUCGAGGAGGUUGCCCCCAAAAAAAUCAUUUUGGUCCACGGAGAUAGCAAUCCAAUGGGUAGAUUGAAGUCUGCUUUACUAAGCAGAUACUCAUCUCGCAAAGGUACAGAGGAAGAAGUCAGAGUUUUCAAUCCAAGAAACUGUGAAGAUCUCCAGAUUGGAAUCACAAGCGCAAAAAUCGCCAAAGUUGUUGGAUCACUUGCCGAGGCUGAAUCCAGGCUUAUAAAAGACUUCAUGAGCAAAGAGUUGAAGAAAAGUAAAAUUGAAGAGAUACACGAUGAAGAAGAGAUCAAAGACGAAAGAAAUGAUGUCAAAAUGAACGAAAAUCCUGCUGAUCAGCUCCAAGCAGAAGUGUCAACAAAAGCCACGAACGGAAAGAAGACCGACGAGAAGGUGGAGGACAAGCUCAUUAAUUCUGGUAUAAUUGUUUCAGGAGUUUUAAUAUCGAAAGACUUCGACUUGAACUUGUUACAAUUGGAUGAUAUCCAUGAAUUCACACAGCUUACAACUUCUGUCGUAAAGUCCAACAUCAAAUUGAAAAUCGAGUCGAGCGUAUCAUUAAUUUCUUGGCAUCUUGAGCAAAUGUUUGGCUAUAUAAAUGUCAUUAACGAUUCCGAAGACAUUUGGGAAUGUUUGAUAAUGGACAUGAUAUAUAUCACAGCCGACAAGUCCAAAGAAUCUAAGGGUCUUGAAAUUACGGUCGAGUGGAUCAACAACAAUGCAAUGGCGGAUUCUUUGGCCGACAGCGUGGUGGCAAUUCUUUAUAACGUGGACUCAUCACCGGCUUCUGUCAAAUUAACGUCUAAAGCACACUCACACGGGCAUGUGAAAGAAGAACCUAGUGAAGAAACAGUUCAGGAGCAAGAAGUUAAAAAGGCGCAUGGAAAUCAUGACGUUGAGACUAGGAUCCGCAGAAUCUCAACAUUAUUAAAAGCUCAAUUUGGCGAUUCCAUCUCCCAAAUAGAUUCGGAUGGUGCAACGAUAAAAAUAGGAAAGGCUGAGGCUCAAGUGGACUUUAAAACUUUGGGUGUUGUGUGUCCAUCUCGUGUAUUAAAAGAUCGCGUUGAAAGCAUCAUAAAAAGAGGAUGCAAGCUAGCAGCGCCACUCGCACAUCAGCCAAAGACUGUGUAGCACAGAUGUUAAAUAUAAUAGCAGAGAUAAAUGCUUUCUCAUGGGAAUAAAAUAACAAAAUUAGCCACUCGGUAGCAGAUUGACGAAUAUGGUGUUGUGCUUUGAAGAUGACGGAGUAAAGUGUUGACACUGCCUUACCAGUUGUUAGCAGGAAAAGGGGGAAUGUUUAAA